AACCGACAGUGCAUUUAGCGCUGGAGUCAGCAUUAAGUGUUGCUUAUUGAAUCUCUUUACAUCUUCUUUCUGGAACCUAUUUUAGACUGACUUUCCAGCUUUACCGGUUUACCGAUUAAACAAGGAACACCUCUAGUUAGAUAUGUAUGAUCCCGAAGAAGAAUAUGAAGAAGAUGAUUCUGAUGAAAUCACACCAGACCUGUGGCAGGAAGCCUGCUGGAUUGUCAUCAGCUCUUAUUUUGAUGAGAAAGGUUUGGUACGACAGCAGUUGGAUUCCUUUGAUGAAUUCAUCCAGAUGUCUGUGCAGCGAAUUGUUGAAGAUGCUCCGGCAAUUGAACUGCAAGCUGAAUCGCAGCACACAUCAGUAGAAGAUGAAGUUCCUAACCGUUAUCUGUUGAAGUUUGAACAGAUUUACCUCUCCAAGCCAACAUUUUGGGAGAAGGAUGGUGCACCAAGUCCCAUGAUGCCGAACCAAGCUCGACUGAGAAACUUAACGUAUUCAGCUCCACUUUAUGUUGACAUCACCAAGACGGUCAUCAAAGAAGGGGAAGAACCACAAGAAACACAACAUCAAAAGACAUAUAUUGGAAUGAUUCCAAUCAUGUUGCGAUCUACGUACUGUUUGUUAAGUGGACUAACAGAUCGUGAUUUAACAGAGUUGAAUGAAUGUCCCCUUGACCCUGGUGGUUACUUUAUUAUCAACGGUUCAGAGAAAGUACUCAUUGCCCAGGAAAAAAUGGCAACCAAUUCUGUGUACGUAUUCAAGAAGAAAGAUAGCAAAUAUGCCUACACAUCUGAGAUUCGAUCAUGUUUAGAAAAUUCUUCACGUCCAACAAGCACCCUUUGGGUUCAUAUGAUGGCUAAGGGAGGACAGGGUUCUCGUAAGAGUGCGAUAGGUCAGAGGAUUGUGUCAGUAUUACCGUACAUUCGCCAAGAAAUCCCAAUCAUGAUUGUGUUCCGUGCACUUGGCUUUGUGUCGGACAGGGACAUCCUGGAGCACAUUAUAUAUGAUUUUGACGACCCUGAGAUGAUGGAGAUGGUUAAACCUUCUCUUGAUGAAGCGUUUGUUAUUCAAGAACAGAAUGUUGCCCUCAACUUCAUUGGGGCAAGAGGGGCCAGACCUGGAGUAACUAAAGACAAACGAGUAAAAUAUGCCAAAGAAAUUCUACAGAAGGAAAUGCUGCCUCAUGUGGGUAUAGCCGAGUUCUGUGAAACCAAGAAAGCAUACUUCCUUGGGUACUGUGUGCACAGGUUGCUGCUUGCAUCGGUAGGCAGACGAGAAUGUGAUGAUAGGGAUCAUUAUGGUAACAAGAGGUUGGACUUAGCUGGUCCUCUUCUAGCAUUCCUGUUCCGGGCACUCUUCAAAAAUUUGAUGAAGGAAGUCAGAAUUUAUGCACAGAAGUUUAUUGACAAAGGAAAGGAUUUUAACAUGGAGUUGGCUAUUAAGACCAGAAUUGUAACAGAUGGUUUGAAGUACUCGUUGGCCACAGGUAACUGGGGAGAUCAGAAGAAAGCUCAUCAAGCCAGGGCCGGUGUGUCACAGGUGUUGAACAGACUGACAUUUGUAUCUACCUUAUCUCACUUGCGUCGUCUUAACUCACCUAUUGGUAGAGAUGGUAAACUUGCUCGUCCUAGGCAGCUUCACAACACCCAUUGGGGUAUGAUAUGUCCUGCUGAAACCCCUGAGGGUCAUGCCGUAGGCCUUGUCAAGAACCUAGCUCUGAUGGCCUACAUCUCUGUAGGGUCACAACCUAGCCCUAUCUUAGAGUUUUUGGAAGAGUGGAGCAUGGAGAAUUUAGAGGAGAUAGCACCUGCUGCUAUCAAUGAAGCGACUAAGAUCUUUGUGAAUGGUUGCUGGGUUGGUAUCCAUCGAGAUCCUGAUCAGCUGAUGAAUACUUUGAGGAAACUGAGGAGACAAAUGGAUAUCAUUGUUUCAGAGGUGUCUAUGGUGCGAGACAUUCGAGAAAGAGAAAUUAGAAUCUACACAGAUGCUGGCAGAAUAUGUCGCCCUUUGUUGAUCGUAGAAAACCAAAAAUUACUUUUAAAGAAACGGCACAUUGAACAACUAAAGGAAAGAGAGUACAAUAAUUACAGUUGGCAAGAUCUUGUUGCCAGUGGAGUUGUGGAGUACAUAGACACAAACGAAGAGGAGACAAUUAUGCUUGCAAUGAGUCCAGACGAUCUACGUGAAAAAGGUCUUGGUUACUGUUCCACAUACACACAUUGCGAAAUUCAUCCUUCCAUGAUGCUGGGCGUGUGUGCAUCCAUCAUCCCGUUCCCUGAUCACAACCAGUCUCCCCGUAACACAUACCAGUCUGCUAUGGGUAAGCAGGCUAUGGGAGUUUACAUCACCAACUUCCAUGUUCGCAUGGACACACUAGCCCACGUGCUGUACUAUCCACAAAAACCCCUGGUCACCACACGUUCCAUGGAGUAUCUGCGUUUCCGUGAGUUGCCAGCAGGCAUCAACUCAAUCGUUGCCAUCGCCUCUUACACAGGGUACAACCAGGAAGAUUCCGUCAUCUUGAAUGCAGGUGCUAUUGACAGGGGAUUUUUCAGGUCCGUUUUCUACCGUUCCUAUCGGGAUUCUGAAUCGAAGAAAGGCUUAGAUCAGGAAGAGCUUUUUGAGAAACCCUCCAGAGAAACUUGCCAAGGGAUGCGUCCAGCUGUGUACGACAAAUUGGACGAUGACGGCAUCAUUGCACCGGGGUCGCGAGUAUCUGGCGAUGAUGUUCUCAUUGGAAAAACAGUCACACUUCCAGAAGUUGAUGAUGAACUAGAGAGCUCGGUCCGCCGUCAUCAGAAGCGCGAUGUUAGUACGUUCAUGAGACGUAGUGAGACCGGUAUUAUUGACAAAGUCAUGAUCAGCAUCAACAAUGAUGGUUACAAGUUUUGUAAGAUCAAGGUACGAUCUGUACGUGUUCCACAAAUCGGUGACAAGUUUGCCAGUCGUCACGGUCAGAAGGGAACAUGCGGAAUAAAAUAUAGAAUGGAGGACAUGCCAUUUACAUGUGAAGGUAUCACUCCAGACAUCAUCAUCAACCCUCACGCCAUCCCCAGUCGUAUGACCAUCGGUCAUUUAAUUGAGUGUCUUCAAGGGAAGGUGUCGGCCAAUAAAGGAGAAAUUGGCGAUGCCACACCUUUUAAUGACUCAGUCAAUGUACAGAAGAUCUCCACCCUCUUGAAUGAGUAUGGAUACCAUCUCAGAGGCUAUGAGGUUAUGCACUGCGGGUUUACUGGACGAAAGCUUGGUACUCAGAUCUACCUCGGCCCUACCUACUAUCAACGUCUGAAACAUAUGGUGGAUGAUAAGAUUCAUGCCAGGGCACGAGGACCUGUUCAGAUUCUCAACAGGCAGCCCAUGGAAGGACGAUCUCGCGAUGGUGGCUUGCGUUUUGGUGAGAUGGAGCGUGAUUGUCAGAUUGCGCAUGGUGCUGCUAAUUUCUUACGUGAACGUCUGUUCUUUGCAUCCGACCCCUACCGUGUCCAUGUGUGCAAUUUAUGUGGCCUGAUUGCCAUCGCUAACCUUAAAAACAACACAUUUGAAUGCAAAGGCUGCAAGAACAAAACACAAAUAUCGCAGAUUUUAAUUCCAUACGCCUGCAAGCUGCUCUUCCAAGAACUCAUGUCGAUGUCGAUAGCAGCGAGACUAAUGGUCUGUCAGUAAUAAUGUUACCGUGGGAACUCAUGUGAAUGUCUACUGUAUAUGUGCAAGGUUAAUGGUCUGUCAGUAAUAGAUUGAGCUGAUCGUGGUAACUUGUGUUAAAUGCUGCAACAUGAAACCAUCUGUCAGUGAUAAUGUUCAGUUUGUGGUAACAUAUCCUACAUACAAUACUAUUCUUGUGGUGAGAAGACUUACUCAACCACAUUGAAUGCUUGUAGCGCUACCUGAUUUAGCAGUAUAUUCAGAUAUACAAAGCAAGUAACGGCCCACAUCCCCGUGUAAUUUAUGAGGCAAAAUUUAUGAGAAAAAAGAUUAAGUUAAGGAUUACAGCAUUAGGAGAAAAUAAGUCAAAUAAUUAAUUAAAAAUAUUUGUUUUUGUGGAUAUAAUCCUUUUUUUUUUCUUUUGGUAAAGUUUCAGCCUUAACAUCAUAUGAAUAUUCUAGUGAUUUCUUGUGUUAAUAUGUUAACCAGGAUGCAGAAACUCAUUAUUAAUGUUAGCAGAAUAAUUUCAGAUAUGAAUCCAUUUCAUCAUCAUUUGUAAGUUAGAUUUGUGCCAAUCAGUCAUAUCAAUCAAUUAUGCUACUCUGGCCGUGCAUGUAUCAAAAAGACCUUCAUUUAAAAUAUUUUUUUGAUAAAGUUCAGCCUUAACAUCAUAUAUGAAUGUACUAGUGAUUUCUUGUGUUAAUAUGUUAACCAGGAUGCAGAAACUCAUUAUUAUAGUUAACAGAAUAUUUUCAGAUAUGAAUCCAUUUCAUCAUCAUUUGUAAGUUACAUUGGUGCCAAUCAGUCAUAUCAAUCAAUUAUGCUACUCUGGUCGUGCAUGUAUCAAAAAGACCUAUACUUAAUAUUUUUUUUUAUAAAGGUUCAGCCUUUACAUCAUAUAUGAAUGUACUAGUAAUUUCUUGUGUUUAUAUGUUAACCAGGAUGCAGUAACACAUUUAUUAGUGUUAACAGAAUUAAUUAAUUCAGAUAUGAAUUCCAUUUUAUCAUCACUUGUAAUUUGCAUUGAUGUCAAUAUAUCAGUCAUAUAUCAGUUAAUUAUGCUACUCUGGCCAUCCAUGUAUCAAAAACACUAAGUAGACUUAUGUUUAAAAUAUUUUUAUAUUACUUAAUUCUAAUGCAGAGAAGGGGAGAAACUGACAAAACCCACUAACUUGCAUACAAUUGUAUUUUGUACGUUUAAUACUCAUACACAGUUUUUGAUUUGUGAACAAGUUAUUAAUAAAUUGGCUUAAAGCCAACAUGGUCGAGGAUAGUUCGCAGUGGUUUGACAUACUGUACCUUACUUACUUUUGACCUACCAUAAUAAUAAUAAUUUCUUUAAACCAUUAAAGGUUGAGCAAAUUGUUUGUAAAUAUUUUCGUAAAUAAAUGAAUCACCUUUGUUUAAAA